AAAGGGAAGAAGUUCCAAAAGAAGAAAACAGCCACUCACACCAAGCAAGCAAAUUAGCAAAGCCACCAAAUAUGGAAAAUUGCUACUUAUAGUAACUCCAUCUUUUUAUGCAAUACCCUAAUUUUGGUCUAAUUUUCCUUCCUUAGCCCCUUUCCCAAUUGUCAUAUUUGAUCAAUUUCUAAAGAAAACCCACUCAAAUCUCCUAUAUAUACAAAAAUCUCUCCAUAUAUAUAUAUACAGAAGGCUACUACUUCCAUCUCUCUGUAUAUAUAUAUAUAUAUCCCAUCUCUACCCUGUUUUUGAUUUACAGAGCCCAGAUUGAUUGGAUUGUUCAGAGAAUAUGGGGAGAGGAAGGAUUGAGAUUAAGAAGAUUGAGAAUGUGAACAGUCGUCAAGUCACUUUCUCCAAAAGACGAAACGGAUUGAUGAAGAAGGCGAAAGAGCUUUCGAUUCUGUGCGACGCCGAGGUUGCACUCAUCAUCUUCUCCAGCACCGGCAAGAUUUACGACUUCUCCAGCGGCAGUAUGGACCAAAUUCUUUCGAGAUACGGAUACAGUUCUGCGACGGGUGAUCAAAGACAAAGAGAACAACAACUUCUUCUUUGUUCUUCACAAGAAAAUGGAGCUGUGUUGCGAAGAGAUGAUUCUAUGAAGAGCGAACUUGAGAGAUUACAGCUUGCGAUUGAGAGACUGAAGGGUAAGGCACUUGAUGGUAUGAGUUUCUCGGAUCUCAUUACUCUUGAAAACCAGUUGAAUGAUAGCUUGCAUAGUGUCAAGGAUCAAAAGACACAAAUCCUGCUCAACCAGGUAGAAAGAUCCCGUUUACAGGAGAAAAGAGCACUGGAAGAGAACCAAAUCUUGCGGAAACAGGUAGAGAUGUUGGGGAGAGGUUCAAAAGGGAUGAGUGAAAUACCUCAGUUUUCUAGCCCACAAGCGGAAGCCGAGAGCUCUUCAUCAGACGAUGAUGAGAAUGACAACGAGGAGCACCAUUCCGACACUUCCUUGCAGCUGGGGUUGUCGUCGUCGGGGUAUAGUACAAAGAGAAAGAAACCAAAGGUCGAAUUGAUCUGCGAUAACUCUGGGAGUCAAGUGGCUUCUGAUUGAUCGAAAUUCAACUAUUUUUCUAAUUCUGGUAUUUAGGGGUUUAUUGUGUAUCCACCUUGUUUCUGGGUCUUGUUUUGCUUUCCGUAUCUCUCAAGUAGAAUUUGUUUAACGAGUUAGGUGAACAUUGUUCCUUGAAUCAAGAAGGAUUGAUUAAUCAGUAA